AAAUAGAAGUGACAUAUGCCACUCCUGAAGUGGUUUAUUGUUAGGCAAUAUACCUAUUCAUAUUUAAUAUCAUAUAGAAUUUAUUAUUGUUUGUGGCAUGAACAUCUUUCUAGUUAUUUAUUUAAUUAUUCUCUCAGAUAACACCAACAUAAUUAUCUAAUGUGCUAAACAGUAGAGAGACUCCUUUAAAUUAGAUCCACCAUGUAUAAAAACAGCAUUGUGUGUUUAUGAAAAAUGACUUUGUUUUUAAUGGCUUUUUUUCUUCCUCUUUGUUUUCUACACCUGUAACAACUACCACUGCUGAGCCAGUUAUAACAAAGGUGUUGCAGUUCACAUCUGUUGGAGAGACAUUUACACUUGACUUGCUGGACCGAUCAUCUCCAGCAUUUAAAAAUAGAUCAUCACUGAUAGUGACAACACUUGAACCUAUUUACAAUAAAACAUUUUCUUCAUACUACUCAAUGAAUGUGACUCAAUUCCGAAGUGGAUCCAUCAUCACUGACAUUGACAUUAGUUUUUUAUCUACGUCAGUGCCUAAUAACACUGACAUUGAAAAUGUUUUGAUCAAUGCAGCUCCAAACAUAACAGCCUUUAACAUUACCAAUGUUGUUGUCAGUGACUCAGCGGCUUCAAUUGUGAACACUACAACACCAAUGAUGACUACAGUUACAGUCGCAACUACAGCGACUCCUACAACCACUACAACUGCAGCAACUACAACUGCCGAGCCUGUAAGAAUACUGGUGGUACAAUUCAGAUCUGUUAAUGGGAUAUUUACAACUGACUUGCUGACUUCAUCAUCGACAGCGUUUAAACAACGAUCCACACUGAUAAAGACAACACUUGAACCUUUCUACCUGGCAAGAUUUCCUUCAUUCCGCUUCAUCAGUGUGACUGGAUUCAGUAAUGGAUCCAUUAUCAAUAACAUGGACAUUGGAUUUGCAUUGUCACUGGUCCCUAAUGCAAAAGAGAUUGCACAAGUUUUGAUCGAUGCAGCCAAGAUAACACCCUUCGACAUUGAUAUCAGUUCUAUUCUUGUGGACGGCAUAUUGUCACAUGGAGUGAGCCACAAGAUCAGUCUCCUCACUGCGUCCUGUAUGUUGCUGCUGUCAUGGCUGCUGUCAGGCCAGCAAUAACAUCUGCGCUGAUGCUCUUGUGAAAUAACUUGAGGAAAUGUCUCCUUUGACUGGGUAUGAAGAAGGACUUUGUUCCAACUGAAAAUCCACGAGGAGCUUCUGAUGAAGAGCAAUCAUACCAUGAUUUAGAAUUAGAAAUUAACCUUUAUGUUAUCUACAAAUAUAAAGUGUAACAUAAUUUCAAGCAAAGCUGUCAUUGAUUGUCAGUUUAUGAAGUGCUGUGAUAAAGUCAUGAUGUAAGUUAUUAAUAUCAGUGAGAUCAAGUCUUUAUCCAUAAAGCAUCUCCUUUGCUUGUGACUCUGACAGUGAAAAAAAUGAAAGUGAUAAUCAGGAUAGCAUCACCUCAUCUGGCAUUCAUAAACUAUAAGAUGUGUGAAAAUGUCCUGUAUAGUUACCAGUCACUUUUACCAGUCAAUAUUUAAAUAUAUUUCUUGUAUGUAUUGUAUUGUAUUAUUGUAUGUAUUCUGAUUGUAUUGUAUUGGAUAAUUACGGUAAAAAAUCAAAGUCUAAGUGAUCCUGAUGCACACAUUUGAAAUGAACUCUCCCUAUAAAAAUAAUAUAAUAUUAAUAUCACCUUUUUCUUUCUGAAGCAGGUUCUUCUGAAGUCUUUCAUGAUAAACUAAAGAAGCUUCAAUUAAAGACAUUGAACAAACCCUGCCAGCUGUGUACCAUCAUUCAUGUUUGUGUGAUGUGAUGGUACUGCAGCUUCCUCAAACACGAAUGCUAGUUUAAUUAGUGAUUCUGAAUUUGCCUUAGGUCUAAAGGCAGGAUUAUCUGCAUAUCUGUCCACAGCGUACCCCAUUUCAAUGCUAUUUUCAACUGAUGAAAAUAGCAUUAAAAAAACUUAACCUGAUCUUGCUGCUUCUUUUUUUAACAUCACACAAUAUCUCCAGGUCUCACACACUGAAACUGCACAUCAUUUUGCAUCCUUCUUAAAAUUUUUAUUUUUUUACGAGGCAACAACAGCACGGGACAAGGACAUGCAACAAGGAAGGAAAAACAGAAAACACACACACAUAUAUACAAAAUUAUGUACCUGUACAUACAAAGACGCAAAACUAUACAAGCUUACAAACAUAUAUAGACAAACAUGCAUACAUGAGAAACAGAAAUGAAAUGAAUGUAUGGAUAUAAAUCUCUUGUGUAUAGUUAUGUAACUAUUGACUGUAAAUGAAAUUAAGGUAUUAAAAGCCAAUAUUAUUAUAAGGCACGGAGGGAAUUUGUUAGGAGAAUCUAAGGACAGCUUGAGGUGGGAUAGUCCAAGUCAAGAAUUAUGUUAGUGUAAGUAAAGCAGUUGGUGACUUCCAAAAUUGGAUUACCCAUCAUUAUUUUCCUUAUACUGUGGUUUGCCAGCUCUGAACCGGCUCAGAGCAUUACCACCAUAAAAGCACCCUUCAGACCAUGGGAAGAUGGCCUGUUUAUUUGUUGUAUGUGAUUGACAUAAUUAAAUGAUAACUAAUUAGUAA